CGAACCCUUUUUUUCUGAAAAAAAACAAACCAGAAAGACUUUCCUUUAUUAUUGAAAACGAAACAAAGCUUCUCUCUCAUCUGUCUCUCUCUUUCUCAUUCAUUCCUCCCAUCGAAAGCGAAGUCUGCUCGUGAAACAGAGGGAAAAGAAAGAAAAGAAAGAAAAGAAAAGAAAAGAAAGAUAUGAGAGAGGGGAAGUGUAAAGGAGAGAACAAGCGAGAAAACAAUCCCGUAAAGUCGCAGCAAAAUCCAUUUCAUGUGAUCUUUUCUGUGGUUCCCGAAUCCACACUCCCUUCUGUGAUGAUUCUAUUGAAUCAAAGUGUCAUCUCAUAUUGAAUUCUUUAUCUGAGCUGCGACUGUUGAAUCAGUUUGGCAUAUAAAGUAUUAAUUAAUGUGGUCACCAUCGGAACGCUCGAUUCUUUGUUUCACUUGCUAGGGUUUUGGCUUGGAGGAUCCUCGGAUCUCUUCUGAGAUGGCGUUGUUUCGGAAAUUCUUCUACCGAAAGCCUCCCGAAGGACUUCUGGAGAUUUCUGAGAGAGUUUUUGUAUUCGACUGUUGCUUUUCCACGGAUGUUUUGGAAGAAGAUGACUAUAAAGUCUACAUGGAAGGCAUAGUUGGACAACUUCGUGACCACUUCCCUGAUGCUUCAUUUAUGGUAUUUAACUUUCGAGAGGGAGAUAGGCAAAGUCAGAUUGCCAACAUUUUGUCUGAGUACGAUAUGACCGUAAUGGACUACCCCCGGCAUUAUGAAAGUUGUCCAUUACUCACAAUGGAGGUGAUCCAUCAUUUUCUGAGAUCUAGUGAAAACUGGCUUUCUCUUGCACCAAAUAAUGUGCUGUUAAUGCACUGUGAGCGAGGUGGAUGGCCAGUGUUGGCUUUCAUGCUGGCUGGACUUUUGAUUUAUAGGAAACAGUACACUGGAGAGCAGAGAACCUUGGACAUGAUUUAUAAACAAGCCCCCCGUGAGCUUCUGCAAUUGCUUUCACCACUGAAUCCACUACCUUCACAGCUGAGAUAUCUUCAGUAUGUCUCAAGGAGGAAUGUGGCCUCAGAAUGGCCUCCUUUGGAUAGGGCUCUUACAUUGGAUUGUGUUAUUCUUAGACUAAUUCCUAAUUUUGAUGGAGAGGAAGGCUGCAGGCCAAUAUUUCGAAUAUAUGGACAGGAUCCCUUUAUUUCUACUGAUCGGACUCCUAAAGUUCUGUUCUCAUCACCCAAAAAGGGCAAACUUGUCCGGCUUUACAAGCAGGCAGACUGUGAACUAGUUAAAAUUGACAUCAAUUGCCAUAUCCAAGGUGAUGUUGUGCUUGAGUGUAUUAGUUUGGAUGAAGAUCUGGAGCGUGAAGAGAUGAUGUUUCGUCUCAUGUUUAACACUGCUUUUAUUAGAUCAAACAUCUUGAUUCUUAACCGUGAUGAAAUUGACAUAUUAUGGGAUGCCAAAGAUAGGUUUCCUAAGGACUUUAGAGCAGAGGUUCUUUUCUCUGAAAUGGAUGCUGCGGCUUCACUGAUCACGGUGGAUUUGCCUGGCGUUGAGGAGAAGGAUGGCCUCCCCAUUGAAGCAUUUGCUAAGGUUCAAGAGAUCUUUAACAGUGUAGAUUGGUUAGAUCCAAAGGCAGAUGUAGCCCUAAAUGUGCUUCAGCAGAUAUCUGUAUCAAACAUUCUCCAGGAGAAGUUGGAGACUGGUUCUCUCCAGAAUGCUUUAACCGACUCACAGUCAAGUCCUCAGAAACUUCUUGAGAAACUGAAGCCUGUGGUGUCAGAAAAUAACAUCAAGAUUUCCACGUCCAUGGCUGUGGAGAAACAGUCUAUGCCUUCUGUCAAAACAUCUAAAGAUUCAAAUUCAAUGAAAACGAAGGGUCAGCCCCCAGACCUGCAGGUUGCUCUUCAAAGGCCUGGUCAAUCUAAGAUCAUAUCGCAACGACUACCUCAGACUUCUGUUUCCAGUCCGGUUUCAUCUUCUAAUUCUUUGCAAGGGUCACCAAUGUCCAUGUCAAAAUAUCAGAGUGCAUCCUCAGCUCUUGGCAUUACGGCUCUCUUGCAUGAUCAUGCUUCAUAUGGAAGUGCAGAAGGCACUAAUCCAAAGACAUCUCCACCUUCCCCAGCUUCUUCAAUUUCCACUGUUUCACAUUUACCAAAACCUGUGGGGCACAUUAAUUUUUCAAAUCCACCACCAUCUCCACCACCUCCUCCGCCAAGGCCUACUUCAGUUGCUUCUAGCAAAAUAACUUUUGCAAAUGCCCCUCCUCCGCCACCUCAUCAAUUGUCAGAUUUAGAAGCACAUUCUUCAUUGACCCAGCAUCCUGGAUCCGUUUCAGCAGGUAGAGGUCGGUCAUCAGUUCCUCCUCCCCCACCUCCACCACCUUCCUCUUCAGGGACAUCUGCCAUUGCCAACUCAUAUGUUAAUCUUCCUUGUCCUCCACCUGCAACCCAGUUAACUGGUGCGACUGUUAACAAGUCAUUGUCAAUCCCUUCUCCACCUGCACCACCUCCUCCACCGCCAUCUAUGAACUCAUCUUUUUCUCCUCCUCCUCCACCUCCACCUCCACCUCCACCUAUUAAGAACCCAGCUGCUUCUCCUGCUCCUCCACCUCCACCCCCACCACCAAUGAAGAGUCCAGCUGCUUCUCCGGCACCUCCACCUCCACCUCCACCACCAAUGAAGAAUCCUGUUGUCACUCCUCCUCCACCUACACCUAUGAAGGCAGCUUUUACAGCUGGCCCUCCUCCUCCGCCUCCUCCUUUACAUUCUGGGGUCAUCCCAGGUUCUACUGUUACAUCUUCAGCGCCACCACCUCCUCCUCCUCCAGGUUUUGCAUCGAAGAGUCCUGGUACUGCAUCUCAGAAUUCUCCUCAUGUUCCACCUGUGCCUCCUCCUCCUGCAGGGAUUCAGAAAACCAGCAGUGCUUCUUCACAACCUCCUGGACCACCACCUCCUAGUGCUCCAUUUGGUGCAAAGGGUCGAGGUCUAUCACGUGCUACGGGUCCUAGGAAUCAAUCCAAAAAGGCUUCUCUGAGGCCAUAUCAUUGGUUAAAGUUAACACGAGCAAUGCAAGGAAGUUUAUGGGAGGAGACACAAAAAUCUGGUGAAGCUGCCAAGGCUCCAGAGAUAGACAUGUCAGAACUAGAAAAUCUCUUCUCUGCAGCAGUUCCAAGCUCUGAGCGUGGAGGUUCAGGCGAGAAAUCUAAGCGUGCCUCUGGACCUAAAUCUGAUAAAGUCCACCUGAUCGAACUAAGAAGAGCUUACAAUUGUGAAAUCAUGCUUUCAAAGGUUAAGAUGCCACUGCCUGAUAUGUUGAGUGCUGUGCUUACGUUGGAUGAUUCCGUAUUAGAUGUUGAUCAGGUUGAUAACCUCAUUAAGUUUUGUCCAACAAAAGAAGACAUGGAACUACUUAAGGGCUACAAUGGAGACAAAGAAAACUUAGGGAAAUGUGAACAGUUCUUUUUAGAGUUGAUGAAAGUACCACGGGUGGAAUCUAAACUUAGGGUUUUUUCAUUUAAGAUACAGUUCCGUACCCAGGUUUAUGACCUUAGAAAAAAUUUGAACAUUGUCAAUUCUACAUCGGAAGAGGUCAGGGGUUCUGUCAAAUUGAAGAGAAUCAUGCAAACAAUUCUUCAACUGGGAAAUGCACUGAACCAGGGCACUGCAAGGGGUUCUGCCGUUGGAUUUAGAUUGGAUAGCCUCCUUAAACUCACUGAUACACGUGCCAGGAAUAACAAGAUAACUUUGAUGCAUUAUCUUUGUAAGGUUCUUGCUGAUAAGCUACCGGAACUUCUAGAUUUUCAAAAAGACCUCGUGAGCUUGGAAGCAUCAUCAAAGAUACAAUUGAAAUAUUUGGCAGAGGAGAUGCAAGCCAUUAGCAAAGGAUUGGAGAAGGUUGAACAGGAAUUGACUGCCUCUGAAAAUGAUGGGCCUGUAUCAGAAAUUUUUCGCAAGACUUUGAAAGAGUUUCUUAUUGUUGCUGAAGCUGAUGUUAGGUCUUUGGCUUCACUAUAUGCUGGGGUGGGUAGGAAUGCUGAUGCAUUGGCCCUUUAUUUUGGAGAAGAUCCGGCUCGUUGUCCAUUUGAGCAAGUUGUUUCUACUCUACUCAACUUUGUGAGGAUGUUUGGACGGGCCCAUGAGGAGAACUGUAAACAGAUUGAGCUUGACAAGAAGAGAGCACAAAAGGAAGCAGAAAAUGAAAAGAUGAAAACUGGUGGUGCAAAAAAGGAACCAGAAAGUUUGCAGAUUGAACUUGACAGGAAGAAAUCACAGAAGGAAGCAGAAAAUGAAAAGAUGAAAACUGCUGGUGCAAAAAAGGAAUCAGAGCACUUGGUAUGGACUCCGAUUGAGAGUGGCAACGUCAAAUGAUUCGAUGGUCUUGAUAUGAUAGUCAACUGAUCAACUUGAGAAAUUUCCCCAUCUUGGACAGAAAUUUUACAUUCUCCGUCAUCAUCACUAAAACACUCCAUAGGAUCGAGAAAGAUAGAACAAUAAUGGCAGUACAUAGGCUAUUGUUGAUGAUAACAAGGGGAAUGAAUAUCUGAUGACUUGGCAUAAGGGAUGGGAUGAGAUAUUUAUGAUGAGCCGCAUAAUAUGAAGGCUGAACCUGUAUUUUAAAAGGCAACUUUCAUGCUCCCCCCUCCGCCCACCCAAGAGAAAGAAAAAAAAAAAAAGAAGAAAGAAAAAGAAAGAAGAAAAAGAAAGAAAAUGUUCUUCUGUUCUUUUGUUCCACACCAUUAUGUAAAUCUGGUUUUUGGUCUUUUGGAACAGGGAAGGGGGGAGUCGGUGCAGUCCUUUCCAGAUUUCUAGGCGAGUUGUAAAAUAUUCAUGUUCCGUCAUUUGUAAAAAUGCUUCUGAGAUAGAAAAAAUUUUCCCGUCUCCUUUUUGGCCUUGAAUCACAUUAUUUCUUUAUUCUUUUUGCAAUUAAACUUUUUCAUGUAUAUUUUUGAAUUAUAGUGAUGUAAAUGUCAUCUUGAUAUCUUUUUUAAUUGUUCCAAAAGUAAUCUUUUCCUUCC